AUUGCGCGAGACGCAGCGUAAAACUACACGUCUCUCCUACCCUCGUACCUGUCCACUUGAAAACGACCCGCUCGUCGAUUAGCCAUGUUCAGCCGACUUGUCUCUCGCCAGUCCGUCACCUCUCGUCCUCUUGCGCGGACACUCUCUAGCCCGAACGCGCAAUGGAGCCGUGGCAGGUUCUCGCCAUCCUCUACCGCGGUGGCGAGGCUGCAAAGCAGGAACCCCGCCUGCUCGGCACCGUCGAAAACGAGCUCGGUCUCCGCCCAUGGCUCGAGUCCCAAGGCCAUGAGCUCAUUGUCUCUGACAGCAAGGAGGGCCCCCACAGUGACCUUGCGAAGCACAUCGUCGACGCAGAAGUCGUGAUUACGACCCCCUUCCACCCCGGAUACCUCACUCGUGACCUCAUCGACAAGGCCAAGAACCUCAAGAUUUGCAUCACCGCGGGCGUCGGAUCGGACCACGUGGAUCUCAACGCGGCCGUAGAGCGAAAGAUCCAGGUGAUGGAGGUCACCGGCUCGAACGUCUCCUCCGUCGCGGAGCACGUCGUGAUGAGCAUCCUGCUCCUCGUGCGCAACUUUGUGCCUGCGCACGAGAUGAUCGAGCGCGGCGACUGGAUGGUCUCGCAGAUUGCGCGCAACGCGUUCGAUCUCGAAGGCAAGGUUGUCGGUACGAUCGGCGCGGGCCGCAUCGGUUACCGUGUGCUGGAGCGUCUCAUGCCCUUCAACACCAAGGAGCACGUCUAUCACGACUACAUCGCCCUUUCCAAGGAUGCGGAGCAAGCGGUGCGUGCUCGCCGCGUUGAAGACGUCAAGGACUUGGUCUCGCAGUGCGAUGUUGUUACCGUCAACUGCCCGCUUCACGAGGGUACUCGCAACCUCGUGAACGCUGACCUCCUCAAACACUUCAAAAAGGGUGCAUGGCUCGUCAACACCGCCCGUGGUGCCAUCUGCGACAAAGACGCGGUCGCGGCUGCGCUCAAGAGCGGCCGCCUGUCCGGCUACGCCGGCGACGUGUGGAACGUGCAGCCCGCGCCGAAGGACCACGUCUGGCGCACGAUGAAGAACCCGCUCGGCGGCGGCAACGGCAUGACGCCGCACUACUCUGGCACGACGCUCGACGCGCAGGCGCGCUACGCGGCGGGAACGAGGACGAUCCUGGAGAACUACCUCAACGGCAAGCCACAGGAUUUGGCGAACAUCAUUGUUGGCAUUGGCAAGUACGAGACGAAGGCGUACGGCCAGCGCUGAAUGACAGUUGGCGCUUGGGGCCGAUGAGGUGGCAUACCAUUGUAGUUUACUAUUCUCGCGCGCAUAUACUUUUGUAGCAGUAUCAAUGGCAGAAGCGUUCAAAAUAACACUUAUAUUUCAAGCCCGCCAACGUUAAACGCAC